CAGGAGCAGGAGCAGGACCAGGACCAAGACCAGGAUCAGGAUCAGGAUCAGGACAAGGACCAGGACCAGGGGAUGCCCAGGAACAGGAGAUGCCCUGGACCAGGACCGGGACUAGGGUCAGGACCAGGACCAGGAUCAGGAUCAGGAUCAGGAUCAGGACCAGGAGAUGCCCAGGGCCAGGACCAGGACCAGCACCAGGGGAUGCCCAGGACCACGAGAUGCACUGGACCAAGACGAGGACUAGGAGCAAGAUCAGGACCAGGAUCAGGAGAUGACCAGGACCGGGACCAGGACCAGGACCAGGACCAGGAGAUGACAGGGUCUGGGAGACGCGUUGUACCAGGACCAGGAUCAGGACCAGGAGAUGCCCAGGACCAGGAGAUGCCCUGGUCCACGACUAGGACCAGGACCAGGACUAGGACUAGGACUAGGAUCAGGACCAGGACCAGGACCACGAGAUGCCCUGGUCCAGGACCAGGACCAGGACCUGGACUAGGACCAGGACCAGGACUAGGACUAGAAUCAGGACCAGGACCAGGACCAGGACCGGGAGAUGACCAGGUCCGGGAGACGCAUUGUACCAGGACCAGGAUCAGGACCAGGAGAUGCCCAGGACCGGGAGAUGCCCUGGUCCAGGACCAGGACCAGGACUAGGACCAGGAUCAGGAUCAGGACCAGGAGAUGCCCAGGGCCAGGACCAGGACCAGCACCAGGGGAUGCCCAGGACCACGAGAUGCACUGGACCAAGACCAGGACUAGGAGCAGGACCAGGACCAGGACCAGGAGAUGCCCAGGACCAGGAGAUGCCCUGGUCCAGGACCAGGACCAGGACCAGGACCAGGACCAGGACCGGGACCAGGACCGGGACCGGGACUGGGACCGGGACCAGGACCAGGGGAUGGCCAGGACCAGGAGAUGCCCUGGACUAGGACUAGGACCAGGACCAGAGGAUGCCCAGGACCAAGAUCAGGAUCAGGACCAGGACCAGGACCAGGAGAUGCGUUGUACCAGGACCAUGAUCAUGACUAAGCUCAGGACCAGAACCCGGGGAUGCCCAGAACCAGGACCGGGCUGCAGAUGGGGGCUGCUCCAUCACCGGUGCCUCCCGCCCCGCAGCGGGUGCCCACGGGCUGGGUGUGCCGGUACCGGGGCGGUGCGGUUCCGGAACCGGGCUGUGCCGGUGUCGGUAUCGGGGCGGUGCCGGUAUCGGGGCGGUGCCGGUAUCGGGGCGGUGCAGUGCCGGUACCAGGGCUGUGCGGUGCAGGAGGUGCCGGUACCGGUGCGGGCGGUGCGGGCGGUGCCGGUACCGGUGCGGCGGCGGCCGGGAGGCCCGGGCCCGGGCCCGCCUCGCCGCUGA